AUGAAGAUCAAUAUUGCUAUAAUUGUUUCGUUCUUAUUUCUAGCUCACUUUGGUGCAGCUCAACCUGGUGUCCUUGACAUAUCAAAAUUUGGUGGAGCGCCAAAUUCAGAUAUAUCACAAGCAUUCACAACUGCUUGGAAUGAAGCAUGUGCAUCAACAACAGCAGUUAAAAUUAUGAUUCCAGACGGUACAUACAAGUUGAAUUCAAUAGAUGUUAAAGGUCCUUGUAAGGCCCCUAUUGAAGUUCAAGUUGAUGGCACAAUUCAAGCACCUGUAAACCAAGAUGAGAUAAAAGGGGCUGAUCAAUGGGUGAAGUUUAUGUACGUUGACCAAUUAACCUUAUCAGGCAAAGGAGUUUUUGAUGGUCAAGGGACAGAAGUUUGGAAAGCAAAAACUGGUGGACCUGCUUGGAGUGGAAAGGGGCCGAUGAGCAAAGUUUUCAUGAAUUUUGGUUUUAAUUUCCUCAACAAUACCGUCAUCCGCGACAUUACUAGCAAGGACAGUAAAAAUUUUCAAGUUAUGGUUUUUAGUUGCAACAAUAUUACAUUUGAUGGAUUUACAAUUACUGCCCCUAAAGAUAGCCCCAACACGGAUGGAAUCCACAUGGGAAAAUCAACUGAUGUUAAAAUUCUUAACUCAAACAUUGGGACCGGUGAUGAUUGUAUAUCAGUAGGUGAUGGUACCAAAAAUCUCACUGUCCAAAAUGUGAAAUGUGGACCAGGUCAUGGCAUUAGUAUUGGAAGCCUUGGAAAGAUUGAAACAGAAGAAAAUGUAGAAGGGGUUUUAGUUAAGAACUGUACUUUGACAGAAACUGACAAUGGUGUGAGGAUCAAGACAUGGCCUAAUGAACCUGCAACACUUACUAUUUCUGAUUUGAAUUUUGAAGAUAUUACUAUGGUUAAUGUCAAGAACCCUGUCAUCAUAGACCAAGAGUAUUGUCCAUGGAACCAAUGCAACAAACAGAAUCCAUCAAAAAUAAAGAUAACCAAGGUUUCAUUCAAGAACAUUCAGGGCACUUCAGGAACUGAAGAAGGAGUUGUUCUUAUUUGCAGUGCUGGUGUACCAUGUGACGGCGUGGAGCUAAAUAAUGUUGAUCUCACAUUCAAUGGAGCACCAACGGUGGCUAAAUGCUCUAAUGUCACACCUACAGUUGUAGGAAAAGCUCCAGCUUGUCAAGCUCCUGGAGCGGCCCCUGCAGCAGCGCCUGCAGCUUGA